UUGAAACUGCGUCGCCAGGAAAUUGUCUGGUUUGUCUCCAUUUUACACCAUCACAUGCAUGUCCUUCGGAAUCUUUAGGUGAUUAGCUGUACAGGGGAUUCACGACGCUUUUAAGAAGACCUAACUAAACGCUACAGCUAAUUUGGAUCAUUCCCUGCGUGGAAACAAGACCUGUAACGAUGGCAGCCCCAGUCACAGAGGCAGAUCAGAUGAAACAGUUUAGGGAAUUCCUGGGAACCUAUAACCGGCUAACAGAGAAUUGCUUCAUGGACUGUGUAAAGGACUUCACAACCAGGGAAGUCAAACAAGAGGAGACAACUUGCUCUGAAAGCUGCCUGCAGAAGUACCUGAAGAUGACACAGCGGAUCUCCAUGCGUUUCCAGGAGUACCACAUCCAGCAGAACGAAGCAUUGGCUGCCAAAGCUGGUUUACUUGGGCAGCCACGGUAGAGGAGGCCAUCUCCUCUUCAUAAACUCCAGAGCCUUAACAUCCGCAUCAGAACAGGCCAAGGUCCCUCUAGCGUCUACAUGGAGGAAAGAUUCUUAUGGAUGCACAGGGUGGCCAAAACAUGCCAGAAGCGGGUCACAACUGUUCUUGCGCCUAACUCUGCUUCGAAGGCUGAAGCUCACUGACUGGAGGGACUUUUGAUUUCGUUGUCUGAAGACGUACUGUGGUUCUCAACCAUUUGUGGCUUGACCGAUGACCAGCUGGUAUCAUGGUCACGUCAAGGCACAUUGUGAAAUACAUUCAUAUUCCAUUCUAUAAAGAUGUGAGCAAUUAAAUGUCAACACCAAGA